AUGCUGACGUGGCGCUCGCCGCCCGGGCUCGAUGGGGCCUCGGAGAGGGCGCUCGACGUCGGGUCGCCGCAGGAGGACCUCCUCGGCGGCAUGCGCGGCACGCGGAGGCCCCGGGCCGCUCUCCCCGCGGCGCCGCUGGGCGGCCCCGCCGCGGCCGCGCUCCUGGCGUGCCUCUUCGCGCUCGGCGCCGGCGCCGGCCCGCUGGCGGGCCGGCGGCCCGCCCCGCGGGGGGCCCGCGGCGGCGUGAGCCUGGCGCUCGUGGGACAGGCGUUCGUCCACCUCUCCGCGGAGGAUGCCGGCAUGAUGGUCGAGGACCACAUGCUCGUCCUAGAGCGAGGGACCACGCUCGAGGAUCUCCACAGGAUCGAGCGGGUCUAUGCCGAGACCAGCACCCUGCGCCUGUACAGCGGCCUCCAGUUCUCGCACCCAGAGGGCGCGACGGUGGCCUCGCUGCCGCCCACGGACGACAUCUUGACGGAGCACGACGCCAUGGAGGCGGCCCAAUUCGCGCGCUUCACGAGGCCCGUGAAGUCUGCCGAGCCGGCGGGCAGCACCGUUCUCGCGAUGGAAGAGGGCUGCGGCGAUUUCGACAUGGGCGACAAGAUCGAGCUGUCCAGCGAAGAGGGGCACUACGAGAUGAACAUGAUCACCAGCAUCACUGCGAGUGCUGCCGAUGGUGACUGCGAGUUCCACCUGGCCUACCCCCUGCGCGGCGAGCACAGCGCCACCUCCGCUGUAUCCAAGAUGGUCCCCAAGGACGCGCUUCUACUCCACACGCCGGCGCCGACGCCGGUUCCGCCGCCGACGCCGAAGGCGCCGGCCGCGUCGAUCGUCGUCAGCAACGUCGGCUUCGGCGGGCUCGGCUCGCCCGACAUCGAGCGGCUGCAGAGCGCGUGCCGGGAGAAGAUCGCCGCAGCGGCGGGCGUUGACGCCGCGGAGGUGGCUGUCGUCCUCGCGCAGGGCUCCGUGCUCGUGGACGUGUUCAGCAGUGAGCUCGACAGCAACUACACGGUGAAGGUCGACUACCGGUGCGACGCCCCCUGCCCGACUGAGGCCAAGUUUUUGCACGAGAGCGUGGGGUUCGCUCUCGACCAGAUGCCCUACCCGACGCCGCUUCCCAGCCCGCCGUCGUACCCGACGCCCUGGUCCAGCGCGUCGCCGCACCCAACGCCCCACCCCAGCCCGACGCCCUACCCGACUCCAAGCCCCACGACGCCCUACUCGACGAUGCACCACAGCACGACGCCGUACAUGGCGCCUCGCCCCAGCCCGACGCCCUCCCCCAUCCCGCCGCCGAUGGCCUACCUCUUCGACGGGGCCCUGGUGCAGGAGGGCAACGCCGUUCCCCAACCCGUCGCUCUAUCCGACGCCCCACCCCAGCCCGACGCCCGACGUGACGCCUCGACCCAGCAUGACGCCGACGGAGUUGAGCACCACGCCGCCGAUCAGCAGCGCCGAAACGAGCUGUACCACCUCGUCCACCACGACUGGGCCAACCCCCACUCGCUGCGCUGCCACCUGGACGCCUCGCCCGCCUGCGCGGCCGCCGCGCCGUGGACAGCUCCGGGGACACAGGGAAUGCUGAAAGCGGACAGGUGCGUGCUUGCGAGGGCUCUGGGGAGCGUGGCCAUUCACCUCGUCGAGGAACCCGCCAGCCCCUCGCUGGCGCUUCGCGCCGUGCUGCUGCUGCACGCGGAGGGCUCCUGGCUCCAGUUCGACCUGCCCGGGGACCGUGUCGGCAGCACUGAUGCGUACUUCGACGCCCUACGGGCGACGGCGCGCGACGUGGCGGCCGAGUUCAGCGCCCUGGUCGACAUUCUGCAGGUGACCCUCUGGGACUCCACCGCCGUGAAGCCCUCGAUGAUGGCGAUCUGCAUGGACAGCGACUUGACGAUGGCGUCGCCCCACCUCCACGCCCACCAGUGCCAGGUCAGGCAGGACUUCCGCAUGCACAGCUGCGCGAUCGGUUCGACGCUGCGCAACUCGACGCGCGGGCCGUUCGACCCGUGGCUCGGAGGCUACGCGGACUCUCUCGGUCCGCACCAGCUGGAGGUGCCCCCCUUCAUGGGCAUCAGCGCUGAAGAUUCCAGCUCUGCGCUCUUCGCGGACAUUUGCGACACCAUCGAUGGCCCUUCCGAGGCCCCGGGGCUGCUGCCAGGCUCGUCUCAGAACCAGUCGAGGACCGACGCCUCGAGCGGCUUCAACCUGUUCGCGCCCGCCAUCCCUCGCCUCGGCGUGCGCGCUGUGGCUGCUGCGCCUGGCCCGGCGGCGGCGCGCACCUCGCCGGCGGAGUUGUACCUCCACUCCCACCUCCGCAGCUGCGCCGCGAGCGCCUCCGGAGCUACCAGCACAUCGUCUAGCCCCCUUGGCGACGGCAUGCCCCAGGCCAUGUGGCCGCAGGCGCCAGCAGCGGUCGCGGCCCCGAUCAACAGGAUCCUCCGCAUGGUGUGGCCGGCGAUGUCGACCACGCUGGACGCUGCGUACUUUUGCGCGCGCCCCCUGCCAGGCCUGCUCAUCGACGCUAUGAGCUGGGCCCCCCCGGCGUUAGCCAGCGCAUGUUUGGCCGAAUACGUCCACGCCGUUCUGGGGCAGGCGAUCCCCAGCGCGAUCCACCCGAUCCUCUUCAGCGUGCCCUUGCUGGAGUUUGUGGUGCCGCUUUAG